UCGAUACAUAUCCGCCAGCUGUUCGGCGGCGCAUUACGUGAUUUCGUGUUUGUUAAAUUGUCGAAACUCAGGUAAAAUGAACCAAGCCGAUGUAACAAAGCUGAUGUCACAGCUGCGCAUAGCAGUCAGGCCCAAUAAACGUAACUUGAAGAAUGCGGAUGGUCCGGAGGGUCGGCUGCUGAAGCUGCGAAAGACUGUAACAGCGUUGGUAAAGCACGAGCGCAUUGAACUGUUCUACAACCGGGCGGACGAAGCUCGUGGCUACGCCGAACUGCUUAUUUCCAAUGCCAUCCGACAUGGGGACCGGCACACGGCCACCAUGGAACUGGCCGACUAUUGGCUGCUGGAGAAGCAACUCGUGCACAAGCUCUUCAAGGUGCUGGUACCGCGCUAUGAGAACUAUAAUGUGUCAUAUACUCGCAUGUACAAGGCCCCUCGGGACUAUCCCGGCAUUUACUACAGGCAGUCUGUGCUGGAGCUUCGGGGCAAUCCCUACCCUUUGCUUACGGCAGACCAGUCUCAAAACCGGAAUCUGUUGCACAACGUGCUUCUUGACGAGGCGAGGAAAGAGUUCAGACGUCAGAAACUGUCUAAGUUAGUUAACUAAUUAGUCCAUUGAUUUCCCUGGCUGCCUCCAGAUAACAGUUCAGCACGCAUCUUGUCGCUUAGAAUACAGUUAGGACUUAAAAUCCGUUUUAUUAUAAAUUUUGUAUAUACAUAAA